GUCGUCUUGCAGUGUAUAAUUUGGUAUACUUUGAUGCUCUUCAUGUUCGAGUAUCGCGCUGCAAAGUUACUUAUUGCGGAUCAAUUCCCCACCACGGCUGCUUCCAUUGUUUCGAUCACCGUUGAUUCGGAUGUGCUUUCGCUCGACGGUCGCCGAGAGGCGAUUGAGACGGAGGCUGAGGUGAAGGAGGAUGGAAAGAUGCGUGUGACGGUGCGGCGGUCUAAUGCUUCGAGAUCGGAUGUUUAUUCGCGGCGGUCGGGGCAGGGAUUAGCCGGCGCGGCGGCAACGCCGCGGGCGUCGAAUUUGACGAAUGUGGAGAUCUACUCGUUGCAAUCUUCCCGAAAUCCGACGCCUCGUGGUUCGAGUUUUAACAACACGGAUUUCUACUCUAUGGUUGGCCGGAGCUCGAAUUUCGGCUCCGGUGAUGUGUAUGGGCUGCGCGGCGGA